AUGUCGACCCUUCCCGUUCCCCAGCGGCCCCCCAUGUGUGACCGCAAGGCGUCCAGCAGCAGUUUCGCCGAUGCCUUCGACGAUGCCCGGAGGCGCCUCGACGAGAUGGGCGUUCACGAGCCCGACACAGACGAGGAAGAUGCCCUGUCACCUGUCCCCUCGUCCGGUAGCUCGGCGGUUGGCGGAGAGGGCGGCCUCGCGUCGCCGGCGGAGACCGUGUCGCCCGCGAGUCCAGCCACCCCCAUCACCGUGCCCGUUGCGCCCAUGGCCGAUGCGAACGGCGUGGCAGACAACUUUGCCUUUGCCUUUGACAUCGACGGCGUGCUCAUCCGUGGCGGGCGCCCGAUUCCCGAGGCAGUCGAAGCCAUGAAGGUGCUCAACGGCGAGAAUGAGUGGGGCAUCAAGGUACCCUACAUCUUUUUGACCAACGGCGGCGGCAAGUUUGAGACGGAACGCUGCCAAGACCUGUCGGCACAGCUCGAGAUCGACGUUUCGCCCGGCCAGUUCAUCUGCGGCCACACCCCGAUGCGGGAGUUUGCUGACCGGUACGGCACCGUACUUGUGGUCGGCGGCGAAGGCGAGAAGUGCCGCCAAGUUGCCGAGUCUUACGGCUUCCGCGAUGUGGUCACCCCUGGCGACAUUCUCAAGGCCAACGCGACGACGGCCCCCUUCCGCAAGCUCACCGACAAGGAGCACGCCAACUCGCGCGAUCUGUUGGCCCGUCACGGCGCAGAGAAGCUGUCAGACAUUGUCAUUGAGGCCAUCUUUGUAUUUGCCGACUCGCGCGACUGGGCCUCGGACCUUCAGAUCAUCCUCGACAUUGCCCAGUCCAAGGGUGGCCGUCUCGAGACGCGGUCCGAGACCUUUGACGAGGGCCCGCCCAUCUACUUCAGCCACAACGACGUCCUCUGGUCGGCUGCCCACGAGCACGCGCGCCUCGGUAUGGGUGCCCUACGCCGCAUCGUCGAGACCGUCUUCGAGGACACCACCGGCGGCAAGAAGCUCAACACGCAUGCCUUCGGCAAGCCGCAAGUGUCGACGUUCGAGUUUGCCACUCGCCUCUUGCAGCAAUGGCGCGCGACGCAGCAUGGCCUUGCGGAGUUGGAGCCGCCGGCAACCGUCUACUUUGUCGGCGACACGCCCGAGUCCGACAUUCGCGGCACCAACGCGAUGAACGCGAAGGCCAAGAACGAGUGGUACAGCAUUCUGGUCAAGACGGGUGUCUACCAGGACGGCACCGAGCCCAAGUUCAAGCCGCGCAAGCUCGUCGACACCGUGCUGGACGCCGUCAACCACGGCAUCCGCCGCGAAAUGGUUCGGGCCAGCGGUGGGCGCCGGGACAGUGUUGUCGAGACAUCUCUGCCGCUGGAUCAGGACACGCUUAAGGCGAUCGCCGACGGGUGUGUCCCGCCGGUUGAGGUGCGCGAGGAUCUCUUCCUGGCUGAGGCUUGA